GAGAAAAGAAAAGGACAAGGAAAGAAAAGAGAAGAAAGACAAAGAUCACUACAAACCCAAACAGAAGAAGAAGAAAAAAAAGAAAAAGAAAUCUAAACAGCAUGACUAUUCAGACUAUGAAGACAGUUCCCUAGAAUUUUUGGAAAGGUGCUCUUCCCCACUAACUCGAUCUUCUGGGAGUUCUCUGGCUUCGCGAACCAUGUUUAUGGAGAAAACUACAACCUAUCAGUACCCAAGGGCAAUUCUGUCUGUUGAUCUUAGUGGUGAAAACUUAUCAGAUGUGGAUUUCCUCGAUGAUUCUUCAACGGAGAGUUUGCUUCUGAGUGGGGACGAAUACAAUCAGGACUUUGAUUCAACCAAUUUUGAGGAAUCUCAAGAUGAAGAUGAUGCUCUUAAUGAAAUUGUGCGAUGUAUUUGUGAAAUGGAUGAGGAGAAUGGCUUCAUGAUUCAGUGUGAGGAGUGCCUGUGCUGGCAGCACAGCGUGUGCAUGGGGCUGCUGGAGGAGAGCAUUCCAGAGCAGUACAUCUGCUACAUCUGCCGUGACCCACCGGGUCAGAGGUGGAGUGCAAAAUAUCGUUAUGAUAAGGAUUGGUUGAAUAAUGGGAGAAUGUGCGGGUUAUCAUUUUUAAAAGAAAAUUAUUCUCAUCUCAAUGCCAAAAAGAUAGUUUCCACACACCAUCUGCUUGCUGAUGUCUAUGGUGUUACAGAAGUACUACACGGGUUACAGCUGAAGAUCGGAAUACUAAAGAAUAAACAUCAUCCUGACCUUCAUCUCUGGGCUUGUUCUGGGAAGCGAAAAGACCAAGAUCAAGUAAUAGCUGGGGUAGAGAAAAAAAUAACACUGCAAGACACAGUUAAUCUAGAAGAAAAGAAAUACGUACAGAACAACCAUAAAGAACCACCUCGUUUGCCCCUAAAAACAGAAGGAACUUAUAUAACAAGUGAGCACAGCUAUCAAAAGCCACAAAGUUUUGGUCAGGACUGCAAAUCUCUUGCAGACCCUGGGAGCUCAGACGAUGAUGAUGUUAGUAGUUUUGAAGAAGAACAAGAAUUCCAAAUGGGAGAUAAAAAUCGUUCACAAUACUCAGCAAAAGAACGUGGAAUGCCUGAAAAGAAGAAUCCAGCUGAAGGGAAUACAGUAUUUGUUUAUAAUGAUAAAAAGGGCACUGAAGACCCAGGAGACUCACAUCUUCAGUGGCAGCUCAAUCUCCUCACACACAUAGAAAAUGUGCAGAAUGAAGUUACCAGCAGGAUGGACCUAAUAGAAAAAGAAGUUGAUGUUCUGGAAAGCUGGCUUGAUUUCACAGGAGAGUUGGAGCCACCAGAUCCUCUUGCAAGACUGCCCCAACUUAAACGCCAUAUAAAACAGCUCCUGAUUGACAUGGGCAAAGUACAACAGAUAGCAACUCUUUGCUCUGUAUGACAACAGUGAACACUUAAUGCAAAGAACGUGGCUUUCUUCAGUCAAAUCGUUUUUAUUAUCCACGUGACUGCUAAGUGGAUAAUUACAAAACUUAGUAGUGUCUGGUCAUUUACUGAUUUGUGACAUCAGUAGGAUGGCACCUUGGAAGGGAAAAUGAAGAACAACUUUA